UUUUGUUGAAGUAGAUGUUCAUGGUUUUGGGCAUAAUCACAAUCAGGAUCACUUCAAGUAUCUAUGAACUGGGACCGGAGCUAGCGUUUCACACACUGUCAGAAAUAGACUUCGUAGAGAUCAAACCUAUCACUAACACUCUCAAAAUCAGUAGGUACUUUCAUAUAAACAGUAACAAGGUCAUGGAGCUCGAUCUCUCUGAGUAUUGGGCUUCCGACGAUUGUGCGUCGGAGUGCGUGCAGCUCGAGCAGAUUACUGGAAGCUUGAUCGAGUAUUGUAAUCGGCUUUUACUUGCUGAUCAAGAUGAUUACCAAGAUAGAGGAGGAAGCACAUCAGAAAUGGAAGAGGCUGUCUCUUGCGUAUCAACUGGAGAUGAAGGAGGACACCAUAUAGGUCAUGGAAAAGAUGGAGCAGCGGCAGCAUGUCUUCAGCAAGGAGUUCAGGUUGAAACCGUUCGGAACAGCAACUCGUGUGCACCAGCAGUAAUUGCGGCAAGGAGUACAAGAAGAGCUUCCACCUCGUCCAAAAACCCCGUCGACAUCAGCGCACAGGAAGUGGCGCAGAGCGCCCUCAAUGACGGGCAUCUCGCCUGCUGUGCAGCGUUGCGGCAAGCCUUACUCGCCCAAAACGAGGAAAAGGUGAGAGUGGCGCUCGAGGCACUCAUUUCGAAAAUAGGGGAAGAACCAUGGACAUACCUAAAACUCCAUUUGCUCGGAAACCUGAAAUCGACGUCCAAGGGAUAUUCCAUUACGGCUCAUGUCCUUCAAUAUCGUCUCGAUGACCACCAGACGACCACGGUUGAUCAUCUUCCUUGAAGUAAACAUAGAGAUAGAAGCAACUACAAGUGGGAUAGAUGUAGCGUGUGCGUCUUGUUCUACCAGGUAGGACAGGUUUCCAAAGUUCUUAACAUCAAGUAUGCACAAGUACAGCAUGGCGAUCGUAGUGGAAUCAAUAAAAUAGAAGAGAAGUUGUAGUUGAUCUCCAAUUCUUCCGUUCGCGUACAUAGUCGACGCAUUGAGCAGCUCCUUUCGUUGGGUCGGGAUCGAACUAAACGGCGUACUUUUGCGGCACAGUGUGGGCUAACGGAAGGUCAUGUAGCUCUAUCAGGCCCAAGGCGCAGCGUCGCAAGUAUCCCAGAGAAGCUUGAUCAGGAAAAAUCUGUAGGUUGUAGCAUUCAACAUGCAAAACGCAUACUACCUGAUUCAUCAGUAGAUAGGCCUAGUCGUCGAUGUCCAGAAGCAGAGGAAGAGAACGAUAACGAAGGAUGUGCUGCAAGAAGUGAUGCUGAUCAUACGUCUACUGAAGAAAUGUGUGCGACGGGAAGCAUUGUCAAAGAAAUUUCGGAUCGAGGUCUUCUACUAGCUGAUGGUACGAGAAACCACGAGACGAAUUGCGCCAAGACUCAGAUUGCAUCUCAACCUAUUUAUCCGCAUAAUAAUAGAAACAACGGAGAUGACCUCGUGCUGCAGACAGCUAUGCGGAUGUGCCUGCGAAAAGGCCUCGAGUACAGGUAUGGAUAACAUGCUCCUGGUGAUCAUCGUCGUGGUACUAGUAUCGAUGUAGAAUUGUUGUAAUUGUAAAAAGUAAAUGAUGGAUAUAUUUAUGAAUGUGUUGAUUAUGAUUUUCACAUCCAGCACGAUGCUAGACCUACUUAGAUAGAUGGAAACUUUUUUUUUGAUGUGCGUGCUGGCGACAAUAAUAUGAACGUUAGUCAUACAACUCUCCAGCAUAAUUCCUUUUACUCCUUGUCCUUGAGGAGAAUCUUCCUCUUCGUCGUUGACGACCUUGAUGCUUGAUGAAGGAGAAGGUCUUCCUCUGCGCCGUCUUCUUUAAUAGAAUGCGAACGCUGAGGAGAGGCGUUUAUUCGGGCAGAGUCUACAGCUUGUAGAACGUUACGAAACGCGUCGAAUGUACCCUCUUUUUGAGGAAGGGACCCGGCAUCUACCCUACGCCCGAGCCCUGGUCCAGCAGAAACUGCGGAAAUUGCUGUUUGUCAUCGAGUAUGAACGCUGUUUGUACUUGUGGAGCUAGUAUUAGACGACGACCUGCGUGACGAAAAGAUUAGAUAUUCGUAUUGUUGUUCCUUGUAGUCAAUUUUAGUGCCAUGAGGAAGCAGUCCUAGUCGUUGUUACCUUCUUCUUGGCUUCUUGGCUGAGCCUUUCUUCAUUUUUUUGCCCAUCUCAUGUCGCGAAGUACGUGUGGCGCCGAGUGUUGUUGAAGUUAGCUGCGAGGGUUCGGUGUCAUCAUCGGCAGUUAACGCGCUUCCACGGCUUUGUUGCAGACCAGGCGCCAUUGAUAGAGAGCGCUAUAGUAGCAGGGACCGCUUCUGUGCGCGUUUUAUUACGACGGAGGACGUAGUAGCUGUAGCAGGUCUUGUAAAGAAGUUUUACCUUUUUCAUGAAGUAGAAGAUUUACUAGUAUCUGUAAGAUAGAUACAUCGACGCCACCGCCACGGCGUGGAAAAGGAAAGCUACUAAGUAGAAGAAUACUCUAAUUUCUCGCGCACGAGGUUGUCCAUGGUGGCGCGAGAGCCUCACUCCGAUGUUUUUGAUCAUGAGCAAAUACACAGCGUUAAAGCAGACUGGUGAGACGACAUCAUGCCUUUUCUGCAUGCCGAUCUCCAAGUUAUGUGUAUGCUUUCCGUGGCUCCGUGGUCCCAGUUGUUCUUUCUCAUCAUGUCAACUCGUCCUGCUCUAACGUAAGUUGCAGCGAAGUCGCUUGCUGUGCUCAAUGGCGGUGGUGGAGGAAACAACUACUACAACCCGUUCGUGCUUAGCAAUAUCUCAUCGGGGGCAAGUUGGGCACCAACGCCAGCGUCAAUGAUACGUGAUUAUCUCGCGGCAGCUCUUGCCACGACCGCCGGACGAGUCAAGGGGAGGGCGACACAGCGACGCCAUGAGAACGUCACAACCGACCACAGCAUGCCUCCAGGUGCAUUGGCGAUUGAUUUGCGGGACAUCAAGGGAUUUAUUUUUGGUCCUGCAUGUUUUCGGGAUUACAAUUAAGGCUUCCCCAAUUCCAUCCCUAUAGGGAUGCCUCAAGCGUGUGCCUCCCAAUACAAGGGAGAUGCUGGCGCAUAUUCUUGAGGGAUUUCCAAUUCCACAGGUAUGAAUCAAUUGGGGAGAGGUCUAACGCAACCGGAUAAUCUUGCAAAAUCUGGCUCAGCACUGCGUCACACUCGUCUACAAACGUCCUGCAAUGCUCGCGUCGCCACCCAAUCACGGAGAGACCGCUGCUGUGCAGCAACAGCAGCAGCCUGGAGUAUUUUAUUUCAGUCGCAUCAUAGACAAAAACAAAAUUUGAUGUUGAUGAUGUUUAUGCUACGCCGAAAUCAGUAGAAACUAUGGAUUGAUGAAUGUGUCAACAUCUAAGGUCAUGAUUAUGCAAUUCCGAAUCUUGUCAAUCUUCAAAGAAAUAAUAUAUCCGCGACAGCAUCACCUGUUGACAUUGUGUUUUGACGAGUGGGAGACGCUAUUUCAGUGGGUUACGGGUUUGGGUAUGCAGGUAAAAUUGCGGGGUUACGCUUCGAAUUGUGUCACGAUUCGUAUGGUCGUUUUGUUAGAAUAUCUAAUCACAGUUUCAGUAAUAAUUGAGAUAAGUACUUGUAGUUGCACUUCAGCAAGGAAGAUUAGAACAAGUUCUCAUAAAAGAAGAAACGAAUUCCUAUUCAUUGUUGUAUUGCUGCAAUGUUGCAACAUCGUUUUCUCUGCUUCUUCCUUGUACUUAGUUCCGAUCUUCUAAACCUGCACCAGGGAGACUUCUUUGGCGAAGGGUUUUGUUCAGCCUGAGAGGUAAGCUGAAUCGUCCUCAUUUUUCGUUUGCCAAAUGUAUCAAUGGAAUGUGGAGCCAGGUAAAAUUGGAUCCGGGCUACCGACCUACAUUGCUGCCCUCAUACAACUCCAGCUAUACUAGUUUUGCCAGUAUAGGUAUGGGUGGCAGUUUGACGCGGGACCGUCUCCUUUUACCCGGAAGAGCAUUUUUGUAUAGCAAUAGGUGACUCUCGCUCGUCACUGCCGUGAUUGAUGCUUGUUGAAGGAUCUUCAUGUUUUCUACGUAAAUGGCAUACUAGAUGAAGUAGUAUCUCUAGCUCCUUCAACAAUUAUAUGCGCAAAGAACAAGGAUAUCAUCAAAAUCAAUAAGAAUAAGUUGAGUCUUCAGUCUAUUUCAAUGGAGAAAAAGAAUUGCAACGACAGGCAAAAGGACAUGUUUCUGUGUAUGCUAUUCGGGAAGGAACAGAGCCUGG